AGCAGUCCUGAUAGAAGGGAGUCGAAAAGCAAACUACAAACUAAACAGAAAAAGCAAUCUAGUUCAGAGAGCUCAGAAAGUAGUCCAGAUAGGUCUACGCACAGACACGGUGAUGCCAGACGAUCCAGACGUACUGAAAGGAUGUCUAAAAGCCCAAAGAGAUCUGAACAUAGAGGAGAUAGGGAAAAACAUUCAUCAAAUCAUGCCCAAAAGGAUGCCAGAAGAGAUUCUGACAGACCUUCCAAAAGACGAAGCCAUGAAAAACAAUCGCCAAGACAAGGAAAAUACAAAGAUGUCAGUAAAGAUGGUAAAACACAGAAAGAAAUUGAUCCUAAUAAUAUAUUAACACGCACUGGUGGAGCCUACAUACCACCUGCUAGGCUAAGAAUGAUGCAAGCUCAGAUUACAGACAAGACUAGUGCUGUAUAUCAGAGGAUGGCAUGGGAAGCGUUAAAGAAGAGUAUUAAUGGUUUGAUUAAUAAAGUUAACAUCUCUAAUAUAGAUUUCGUCGUGAGAGAAUUAUUCCAAGAAAAUAUUGUCAGGGGAAGAGGCGUAUUAGCAAGAUCUGUAAUUCAAGCCCAGGCUGCUUCACCUACCUUCACUCAUGUCUAUGCUGCAUUGGUAGCAAUUCUUAAUACCAAGUUUCCACAAAAUGGAGAGUUGAUAUUAAAGAGGUUGGUGAUACAGUUUCGACGUGGUUUCCGUAGAAACGAUAAAAAUCUGUGUCUAUCCUCUACCAGGUUUAUCGCUCAUCUCGUCAACCAACAAGUUGCUCAUGAAGUUCUAGCUCUUGAGAUUCUGACUCUGUUAUUAGAUUCCCCAACCGAUGACUCUGUGGAGAUAGCUAUUGGUUUCCUUAAGGAAGUGGGUCAGAAACUCUCAGAACUUUCUCCAAGAGGCAUCAAUGCUAUAUUUGACAGAUUAAGAAAUAUUUUACACGAGGGCCAAAUAGAUAAACGUGUACAGUAUAUGAUGGAAGUCAUGUUCGCUAUUAGGAAGGAUGGAUUCAAGGAAUACCAAGCAGUGAUAGAGAAGUUAGAUCUAGUAGAAGACAAUGAACAGUUUACACAUUUAUUAAGUUUAGAACAGGCUGGUGAUCCAGAAGACAUUUUGAACGUGUUCAAGGCUGAUGAAAAUUAUCAAGAAAAUGAAGAAAAAUAUAAAACAUUGAAAAAAGGUAUAUUAGAAGAAAGUAGUACAGAUGAGGAAGGAUCUGGAAGUGAUUCAGGAUCAGGUAGUUCUGAUAGUUCAGCUUCCGAUGAUGAAGAAAAGGAAAGUAAACAGACUAUAAUAGAUUCAACAGAAACCAACAUGGUAGUUUUAAGACGUACUAUAUAUUUAACUAUACAAUCUAGUUUAGAUUAUGAAGAAUGUGCUCACAAACUUCUGAAAAUGGAGUUAAAACCUGGUCAGGAGGUGGAGCUAUGUAACAUGAUUUUAGAUUGUUGUUGUCAGUUACGAACAUAUGAAAAAUUCUUUGGUUUAUUAGCCCAGAGAUUUUGUCAGAUGGACAAGAAAUACGUGGAACCUUUCCAGAUUAUGUUUAAAGAGCAAUAUGAAACUAUACAUCGUUUAGAAACUGGUAAACUACGAAACUGUUCCAAAUUCUUCGCUCAUCUUCUAUAUACAGACGCCAUCAGCUGGGGGGUGAUGUGUUGUAUUAGCCUGAAUGAAGAAGACACUACCUCUGCUAGUCGUAUUUUUAUCAAACUAUUAUUCCAAGAGUUAUCAGAAUAUAUGGGACUACCCAAACUAAAUGAUAGAUUCAAAGAUCAGUCUCUACAGCCAUAUUUUGAAGGAAUAAUGCCACGAGAUAAUCCUAAAAAUACAAGAUUUGCUAUCAACUUUUUUACCACUAUUGGUCUGGGUGGCUUGACUGAAGAGCUCAGAAAUCAUCUUAAAGACGUCACUAAGCAACUGAUGGAGAAGAAAGAGGCAGAGCAAGCAGCAGCAGAAGCAGCCAAUAACAGCUCAGACGACAGUUCUGAUGACAGUUCAGAUAGUUCUUCAUCUUCCUCAAGUUCUAACUCUGAAAGCUCUUCCUCCGAAUCUGAAUCAGAAAAAAGGAAGAAAAAACGUAAGAAAAAGUCUGAGCCUGUCGUAGAAGAGAAGUCUAAGAGAAAACACAAAGAACAUCAUCAUCGUCGUCAUCAACCUGUCAUGGACUCAUUCACUGAUCCUUGGGCACGUCAGACACCCAAAAAUAGUGAUACACAACGAAGCAGACGGGCUGACUUUGAUGAGCAAGAAUCUUCUAAGUCCACAUCAAAACGGAAAAGCGAUGUUGUCAGGGAUGACUCAGGAAAUGAAAAAGAAAAUCGUAGAGGAAUUAAGGACAAGCGGAAAAGUGAAAAUUCACGCGAGGAAAGAGAGGGCUCUGAUAAGCGUUACGAUAAAAAUAGUGACGAUCGCUAUGGUAAUCGUGGUGACUAUCGUCAUGGAGAUAAUCCAAACAAAAGACAUGGUGAUCGUGACUACAGUGAAAGUGAUCUUAGAGAUAAGCGCCGUAGUGACAGUAGAGACAAUCGCCGUAGUGAUGGAAGAGAUGAUCGUCAUGGAAACGGUGGAUCUCACUAUAGUGACAAUCGCUAUGAUGAUGGUGAUAGAGAAAAGCGUCAGAAAAAUAGAUAUGAUUCAGACAGUGAAAUUCGUAAAGAGAAAAAUAAACGCUAUUCUGAUGAACACUAUGAAAAUGAAAGGGAAAACCGAUACAAUAAAAAGGAAAGUUAUGCCAGUGACAGAAAUGGAAGAUAUGAAAGUGAACGAUAUGCAAGCAAGAGACGUAAUGGUGAAUAUGAUUCUGAUCGCUAUGACAAUGAGGAUUAUAAACGUGCUAAAAGAGACGUGGAUACGUACGAGGACAGUCAAAGGUCAAGGUCAAAACGAUCUGGUGAUCGAGAUCAGUAUUAUCAUAAUAAAGAAAAUUAUGAACGGUCACCAAGGAAACGAUAUCAUUCCCCAGCAGAAGAUGAGAUAACUUUAAGUAAAAAACGAUCCAAAAGCUCGAGAAAGGAUCAUGAUUUUAGCCCAUCACCUCAACGGGAACGUAACCGUGACUACGCUUCUCCACAGCAAGUUAGGAGACGCUGA